AUGAACGCCCUUCGGUCCAGUUCCGCCUUCGCGCGCCGGUCCCUGACCCCCGCCUCUAUCUCUGCCCCUCUCUCUUCCUCUCGUCUUCUCUCUUCUUCUUCCUCCCAACUACCUUCCUCUCAGAGAUCUCUUUCUUCUGUUUCCCUUCGCUCUAACAGACUCUCUGCAUCCCGCUGGUCCGGAUCGACUCCUUCCGUCAACUUCUUCCAAAUCCGCAAAAUGACUUCCGAUAGCAAGAUCAAGGUGGUGAACCCAGUCGUCGAACUGGAUGGCGAUGAGAUGACCCGUAUCAUCUGGCAAGAAAUCAGGGAAAAGUUGAUUCUGCCUUACCUCGACAUUGAUCUCAAGUACUACGAUCUGGGUCUUGAGUACCGUGACCAGACCGAUGACAAGGUCACCGUUGAUGCCGCUGAGGCCAUCAAGAAGUAUGGUGUCGGUGUCAAGUGCGCCACCAUCACCCCCGAUGAGGCCCGUGUUGAGGAGUUCAAGCUGAAGAAGAUGUGGCUCUCCCCCAACGGUACCAUCCGUAACAUUCUCGGCGGUACCGUCUUCCGUGAGCCCAUCAUCAUCCCCCGCAUUCCCCGCCUUGUGCCUGGCUGGAACAAGCCCAUUGUCAUUGGCCGCCACGCCUUCGGUGAUCAAUACCGUGCCCAGGACCGUGUCAUCCCCGGCCCCGGUAAGCUCGAGCUGGUCUACACCCCUACCGGUGGUGAGCCCGAGCGCGUCCAGGUCUACGACUUCCAGGGCGGUGGUGUCACCCAGUGCCAGUACAACACCGAUGAGUCCAUCCAGGGCUUCGCCCACGCCUCUUUCCAGAUGGCCCUGAUGAAGGGUCUGCCCCUGUACAUGUCCACCAAGAACACCAUCCUGAAGCGCUACGACGGCCGCUUCAAGGACAUCUUCGAGGAGAUCUUCGAGAAGGACUACAAGAAGGACUUCGAUGCCAAGGGAAUCUGGUACGAGCACCGUCUGAUCGACGACAUGGUCGCCCAGAUGAUCAAGUCUGAGGGUGGCUUCGUUAUGGCCCUGAAGAACUACGACGGUGAUGUCCAAUCCGACAUCGUCGCCCAAGGCUUCGGCUCCCUGGGUCUCAUGACCUCCACCCUGGUCACCCCCUCCGGCGAGGCUUUCGAGUCCGAGGCCGCCCACGGCACCGUCACCCGCCACUAUCGCGAGCACCAGAAGGGCCGCGAGACCUCCACCAACCCCAUUGCCUCCAUCUUCGCCUGGACCCGUGGUCUCGUCCAGCGCGGAAAGCUCGACAACACCCCCGAGGUUGUUGCUUUCGCUGAGGAGCUUGAGAAGGCUUGCACUGAUGUCGUUAACGACGAGGGCAUCAUGACCAAGGAUCUGGCUCUCGCUUGCGGUCGCAAGGACCGCGAGGCUUGGGUGACUACCAACGAGUACAUGGCUGCCGUUGAGCGUCGCCUGAAGGCUAACCUCAAGGCCCGCCUGUAG